AUGACUAUCGCCCUAUCUCAAAGCAAAUACGAAAGGCGUAAGGCAGAAGUUGAGAUUACAAACGAGACUAUCGAUGACCUCUCGCUAAACCUUCCAGCGGUUCUGGAAACGGUCGUCAUGCUAGGCAUCGAAACGCGUGAGAGUGUCGAGCAAGAACUUCAUCAUAGAGGUCACUAUCUCUACUUAACGCUUACGAGGCUUCGAAGCUUACAGAUCUCGUUUUACGCCUCCGGAGGCCGUUUAUUUUGCAUCACAAAAUAUUUUACUUGAGAAACAAUUUUCUAGCAUCUCCUGACCCCAUUUCCACCAAAUCCAUGUGCUGAAUAGAAAUGUGAUGUUCUAUGAUCUUUUUCUAGCAUACGGUUUCGUCAACGCAUCCAUCGCCCUUGAAGAACUCGGGCGUGUACAGGAAUGA